ACACUAAGACGAGGGCAAAGAUGACCGACAUGGAGGACGAUUGCACAUUUCAAAACCUUCCCAACUUCAGGCAGGCUGGAGGCAAGGGCCUGGUCACGUCCAGCGGUCAGCGAGUCAAGGACGGCCUCAUCUACCGCUCGUCUCGCACCGAUUUCCUCACGGAGGACGAAACGACCCUCUUCAACCGCCUCGGCAUCAAAGCUAUCAUCGACCUACGCCGAAAGUCGGAGUAUGAACGCUCAGACGGAGAAAAGCUCUUGGAUAGCGCCUACCCUCCUUGUGUGAUAGAGAGAGGCAGGUUAGCAGAGCUCAGGCCCUCGAUGCGCUGGGGAAGCCAGCUGAAGAAACGUCAACAGAAGUCUCAGAGCAGCCCCGAGUCUUCGAAGACCGGUCCUUGUUUCAAGGGGAAGCGCUACUUGGUCAACAUGCUCACCAUGGACCUCAUCUGGGCCAUCUUCACAAAGGUCAACUUCUUUGUUCGCUACCUGUCGCUCAUGUUGGUGGCAGUGGACUGGCUCUUUGGCUGCCACUACUUUGUCAAGUUCUUCUACUGGGCCGUGAUCAAUCGACAGACUAUGGCCUCGCAGUAUGUGGAGAUUCUGGAGUUCACCAAGAGAGCCGUGGUGGACAUUCUGCGUGUGGUGACGGAGGAAGAGAACGUGCCGGUCCUGAUCCACUGUGCCCACGGGAAGGACCGCACCGGGCUGAUUGUGGCUCUCAUUCUCAGCUGUCUGGGGGUGGAUGAUGACAUCAUUGCUGAGGAUUAUGCGCCGGGGCUGGAGUGUAUCAAGGAGAGGCUGUGGCAGGAGACUGUCCAGAGGUAUGGAGUCAAGAAGGAGUUUGUCAAGGCUGAGGCUGACACCAUGAGGGAAGUCCUCGCUGAGCUCAGGAAAAGAUUGCUACUGAGACUCUUCAAUGGUGAAUCAACCAGACGAAAUAACUUCUUCAGUUUCUCUGAUACAAGCACGGAUUACAGCCUCGUCCUGGACAAAGAACUAUUGGAAAUAUUGAAGAGCCAUGGUAGUGGGCACCAUGUCCAUGUGGCUGAGGGUACAUGGCGGCCCCUGGUUGUGGAGGUGGGUGCCCUGGGGUCGGUGACUGGAGUCAGUAAGAUAGCAGCCAGUGUCAUUGCUCCUCUGGCCGACCACAACGUGUCCGUCUUCUGCGUCUCCACCAACCAGGACGACUAUGUUCUGGUCCGGGAGCAGGAACUGCACAAAGCCCUGCGCUGUCUCUCGGGAAUGUUCAGAAUUGUCAGUGAUUCAGAGACUCUGCGUGACCAGUCCCUGGUUGAAUCUGUCAUCAGCAAGACAACUGUUUACCCCAGCCCUGCCUCCCAUCUGAAAUCUAUCAUGCACCCGUGUGACCCUGUCCCACGUCCCAUCGUCCACCCGUACAUUUGCUCCAAGAGCAGCUUCAACAUCUGCAGCAUCGUCCCACAAGCCCUCCCCUCUGUCGGGAUGGUCCUACUCGAUCUCAUGCUCUAUAACAAGAGGUCUACAGUGGAUGGCUCGUUUUUCUCUCUGUCCAUCGUUGAUGACGACAUCUCCAUGGUCAUUGACUGCAGAGACGUUGACAGAUUCCCUGAGGGCUCUCUCUACCACACUGAAGGCACCUGGAAACUACUCAGAAUUGGAGAAGGGCCUCUGGGGUUUGAUGAGUGUGGGAUAGUGGCACAGGUGUCUGCUCCCCUUGCCCAUGCUGAAAUAUCCACCUACUACAUCUGUACCUACUUCACCGAUCAUACCCUGUUAUUCAACGUUAGGGACUGGAUGAGUGCCAUCCACAGAUACACAGUCCGAGGCCACAUGCUUCCGGAGAACACCAUUGGCAAGGCCCUCAGAUUACUCCACGAGAGACUGUCGUCAAAGAUAUCAAAUGAAGUGCAUGUUGGGACAGAGGGAAUGGUCGCCAGUGCAGUGGAGACAGUCCCGGCAGACUCACUGUUAGAAAAUGGACUCCACGCCUCUGCUGUGAGACUUGGUUGCGAUGGACUGAGCCUCAGUGCCGUUAAUGGUGUAGAGUCUAACGGAAUUCUCAUAAAUAGCAGUAUCUAGUUGACAAUGUGAUCUCUGUUAUGAAAUUAUUAUGCAUCCUCACUUUUAUGUCAGUUUAUGAAUAUGUCUGUGUGUGAUAUCAAGUUAUUUGUUUCCAUGGACAA